UGAGCAGCUUGCCGGAGCCGGAGAGUGAAGGAGGGAGCUGAGCUGAGGCAGGUAAAGGUGUUUGUGUGUGUCUGUCUGUCUAUGAAUGUGGGGGAGACAGGAAGCGGUGACGGCGUGAAGAAGAGCCGGAGAGGGGCGACGAGGGGCGGACAAAGAAAGAGAGAGAGAGAGGAAGAAGAGCUGGAAAGAAAGAAAGGAGGAGAGAAGGGAAGAGGGAAGGAUGUCGGAGAGGAUAGCUUCGUGUGGGAGCCUGUAUGACAGCACCAACCUGCUGCUACAGUACUGCAACAACGAUGACACGGUGUCGGCCAGCAGUAACAUGGACAUGGAGGACCGGGUUUCCCACUUGGAGCAGAAGCUGCAGCUGCAGGAGGACGAGAUCCAGCUGCUGAAAUCAGCCCUGGCCGACGCUCUGCGCCGACUGGGCUACUGCGAGGAGCAGAGCCUGGGCGUGCGAUCAGGAGGCGGCCAUGCUGCUGGGAGGAGGCCGCUGGCCACCACGGCUGCAGCACCACCUACCAAAGUGCGUCAGCUCCUGCAGGCUCUUCCCUCCAGACCUCUGAGCAACGGAUACGUUCAGCAGAAACGCCUCCUCUCCUCCCCUUCCUCUCCGAAGAAGGAGGUGCUGCAGUCCAUUAAGAGGAAGAGUAUGUCCACAGAGCGUCUCACCCUGAUCAAGAGGGAGAUGGGAGCAGAGAGUCGGAGUCGAACCACCUCGUCCAGCAGCUCCUCCGGAGGCAAAAGCAAAUGCAAAGAAUGCACCCUCAAUGCAGAGGACGGCUACGUAAGGAUGUUCCUGCGAGGUCGUCCUGUCACCAUGCACGUCCCUGAUCAGCAGAGGGAGAGCUACAGCAUCGACCACAAGGUGGCGCUACCUGACCGCAAGCUCAAACUGCAGUGGGUGUACGGCUACCGUGGACGUGACUGCCGCUCCAACCUCUACCUGCUGCCCACAGGAGAGAUCGUCUACUUCAACGCCUCUGUGGUGGUGCUGUACAACACCGAGGAGCAGCAGCAGAGACACUACCUGGGCCACAACGACGAUGUCAAAUGCCUGAGUGUGCAUCCUGACAUGGUUACCAUAGCAACGGGGCAAGUGGCUGGGAACUCUAAAGAUGGAAAGCUGCUGGCUCCUCACGUUCGUGUUUGGGACUCCGUGAGUCUCAACACGCUCCACGUGAUCGGGAUGGGAGUGUUCGACAGAGCGGUCACCUGUGUGGCUUUCUCCAAGUCGAACGGCGGCGCCUUCCUCUGCGCUGUGGACGAUGCCAACGAUCACAUCCUGUCGGUCUGGAACUGGCAGAAGGAGAAACAACUGGCUGACGUGAAGUGCUCCAAUGACUCUGUACUGGCUGCUGUGUUUCAUCCCAUGGAUGCCAACCUGAUUGUCACCUGUGGAAAAUCUCACAUCAACUUCUGGACCAUGGAGGGCAACACGCUCACCAAGAGGCAGGGCCUGUUCGAGAAACACGACAAGCCAAAGUACGUGCUGUGUGUGGCGUUUGCUGAGAAUGGCGACGCCAUCACAGGAGACUCCAGUGGAAACAUCUACGUCUGGGCCAAAGGUGGUAACCGCAUCAGCCAUCAGGUGUCGGGGGCCCACGAGGGCGGGAUCUUCUCCGUUUGUGUCCUGAAGGACGGCACCUUGGUGUCUGGAGGAGGGAAGGACCGCAAGGUGGUGCUGUGGGGCCACGACUACAGAAAACAGGCUGAGAUGGAGGUGGGUGAGUCUUUAGGUCCGAUACGAGCUCUGGCUGAAGGUAAACCUGGAGAACUCUUCAUAGGAACCACGAAGAACGCCAUCAUCAGAGCCGCCUUCCCUGAUACUUUGACUCCUAUUGUACAGGGUCACACGGAUGAGCUGUGGGGUCUGGACAUCCAUCCCUCCAUGGAGCAGUUCGUCACCUGCUCCCAGGACAGACAGGUUCACCUCUGGGACACCAACACCCAUCAGCCCCUCUGGAGCAAGACCAUCGAGGAUCCAGGGAGGUCUGCCGGCUUCCAUCCCAGUGGGGCUGUUCUGGCUGUGGGGACCAUGACUGGAAGGUGGUUGGUGCUGGACACCGACACACACGAUCUUGUUUCUAUGCACACGGACGGCAAUGAGAUCAUUUCCAACGUGAAGUACUCUCCAGACGGUAACUUCCUGGCUGUUGCUUCCCACGACAACUUUGUUUACAUUUACGCUGUGACGGACAACGGCCGAAAGUACAGCCGCGUGGGGAAAUGCACUGGCCACUCCAGCUUCGUCACCCAUCUGGACUGGUCCAAAGACAGCCAGUACCUCAUCACCAACUCAGGAGACUACGAGAUCCUCUUCUGGGAGGCAUCCAGUGGUAAACACGUGACCAACAUGGACACGGUGCGCAACCAGGAGUGGGCCACUUCCACCUGCACGCUGAGCUUCAACACCUUCGGAAUUUGGCCAGAUGGAGCAGACGGCACAGACAUCAACGCCGUGUGCAGGUCACAUGACGGAUCCCUGCUGACUUCUGCCGAUGACUUUGGCAAAGUGCACUUGUUCUCCUUCCCCUGCUGUCAACCAAGGGCUCCGAGCCACGAGUACGGUGGCCACAGCAGUCACGUGACCAACGUUGCCUUCCUGCACGACAACAGUCACCUGAUCUCCACCGGUGGGAAAGACACCAGCAUCCUGCAGUGGGUGGUCGCCUAGGCAACGCCAUUCAUCCACAUCUCUAAUCCCAGCAUCCUCUCUUGACUCCUGUCACCUUUUCACUGUUUAUCCUCCUGCCACCAGGGGGCAGUAACUCCUCUGUGCCUACUGGAAACUAAAACACACACACUGACCCACAGAUGUCACACACACACACACAGAUGAGAUGAUUGACGAGUAUCCUUGUAAUAAAUGGAAUAUUAUUUAGUGUCCUGCUGUUUGUAAUAGAAUGUAGAGAAAAUGACCUGCAGGAAGUAACCAGUCCCCAAAAAGCUGCAGGCGGUGACACAGUUACCUGUGACUUCAGCGUUAGUACUAACUGUGCCUGAACUGUAUCUAUCUUUAACCCCCUUUAACGGGAAGUCCACCUGUUUUAAAGCGUUUGCAAGUUUUAGCUCCCUGAUUCCAAAUCAUGUAUACUUUACGGUUUUGAUGAAUGCAUGCUCCACAGUUAUACGAUUUAUAUCAAAUAGUCUAAUAUUGUUCCAGGCAGCCACUGGUUUCCAUUCAUGUCCAUAAAGUAUGAACCUCCACCUAAAGUCGAUAUUUUUCAUAUCAUACUGAAUGCAUGGGAACCAAUGGGUUCUUGAAAAUGAAAAACACUUAAAUUUCUUUUGGAAAAAAAAAAAAAGCAGCUUGGUUUGCAGUGAGCUGACGUGAAGUAUACAUUCAUUUGAAGUGACUCGGUUAAAACAUGCAAAAUCACACGACCCUGUAGAAUCUCGCAAACAUUCCUGAAGCCGGACGAAAACCUUCAGACUCGUGCGGGAAUGUCGUGUCACCUCGCCGAGGUGCGACUUGUCAGUGUUCCUGCUUGGUCAGUUCUAGCUUUAAGAAGGAAGUGAUGUUUGUUUGGGAGAACUAACUAACAUGGGGAAAGAUUGUAUGAGUUUCUAAAAUGGGUGGCGUUCCCCUUUUUAAAAGGACUAUAACCCCAUUGCCUUGGUACCUGACACGUUUCCACCCCUCAGCCUGCAGAUUGUAAAGUAUUACAGAAUGCUGGAGAUUGUAAACGGUACAAAGUGGCUGUUUUGUCAGUUCCCCUCCCUUCCCCUCUGGGCUACUGUGUUUCUGAUUGUACUACUACUGUAACUGUGCUGAGAAGGCACUAGAUGGCGCUACAAUGCAAGAGAAUGAGCAUGACCGAGGCUGUCCUCCUCCUGUAGAUGCUGUUAAUGUUGCAAAGGUCUAUAAAGUAAAUAUAUGUAUUAUGCAGUAUAUCCGAGUGGCUGUGUUAUUUUAAUAUUUAACUGUAACAAUGAUGGAUGUUCUAUUAUUCUUGUGGCACUUUUAGCGAUCGACAGAAGGGUAAUGUAGGCUGCUGUGCUGUGGAAGUGAGCUUGACCUGUGCUUUGCCUUCUGUUUUGUUAAUAAAGUUUUUACCCGAGUACUCA